UUGGGUGGAUUCUGGGGCUUAACUACACGUUUAGUAUCCUUUGCCAUAACCGCCAUAACCAUAGCCGCCAUCGACAAGGACGGCACCGCCGUAUCCCUUGCCAUAACCGCCACCAUAACCGCCAUCAUAACCACCAUAACCAUAACCGCCAUAACCACCAUCAUAGCCACCAUCAUAAGACUUCACAUAGGCGACUGGGGCGGCAAUAACCUUGAUGGUCUUCUGGACGGUGGUGUAGGCAUAGCCUCCGUAACCUUUGCCGUAACCUCCAUAUCCUCCAUCGUAACCACCAUAACCUCCAUAACCACUUCCAUAACCACCAUAACCGCCGUAUUUGCCGAGACCGUAGCCGCCAAUCAGGGCGUAUCCCCCAUAGCCCUUACCACCAUAACCACCAUAGCCUCCAUAGCCUCCGUAUCCAUAACCACCGUAUGUGGCGGUGGCGACAGCAAAGAGUGCGGACAAAGCGAUCUAAUUAUCUACAAUUUGGCCACAAUUAACUACGGGUGUAACGCAAAGUUUGGCGAAAAUGAUAUUGAAUGUAACAGCGCCUGUAAGGAUCAUGGGUACCAGAUCGGUCACUGCGAUAUUUACAUGAGAAGGUGCACCUGUUUCGGGUAUUACCUGCCCUAUCACCUGCUCACCCACACAGACAUGAGAGAUCACAAGGAAAUGGAUACUACGGACCAAUUGAUUAAUGAGGCCCAGGAGGAGGUGCCUGAGAAAGUGGCCGAUGAUAAAGAAUCCCAUGAAUCUAAUGAU